AUGCUAUUGGGUUUUAAAACUGAUCAUACUAAAAUAAUAAUUUACAACUGACAUAUAGGAAAUUGAGAUAUAGAGGUUUUAUAAACGAAAACGGGUCCGUUUCACUCAGCGGUUUCGAUUUAAUUCGUUUAGGCUACUCGGCGUAAGGAGACCAUAGAAACCUCUUUGUUGUCAAGGAGUGCGACGUCCCACUUUGGACCGAAGCACCGAGGCGCAGUAAUCUUCAAGUUUGGGCGCACAGCAGCAGAAAGUGAAAGAAGUGCUUGACAAUCGCACGAGUGCAAAGCAAACGUUUGGGUUUCACAUUUAUUUUCUCUACGUAAAGAUUACACUCAAAUACAAUGGCUGAUCAGCUAACAGAGGAACAGAUUGCAGAAUUCAAGGAGGCGUUCUCACUGUUUGAUAAGGACGGUGAUGGCACCAUCACAACUAAAGAGUUGGGUACCGUUAUGCGGUCUUUGGGCCAGAACCCUACAGAGGCAGAGCUGCAAGAUAUGAUAAAUGAAGUUGAUGCUGAUGGCAAUGGAACGAUUGAUUUCCCAGAAUUCCUUACUAUGAUGGCCAGGAAAAUGAAGGACACAGAUAGCGAGGAGGAGAUCAGAGAAGCUUUCAGAGUUUUUGACAAGGAUGGAAACGGCUAUAUUAGUGCAGCAGAGCUGCGUCACGUCAUGACAAAUCUGGGGGAGAAGCUCACAGACGAGGAGGUGGAUGAGAUGAUCCGAGAGGCAGAUAUUGAUGGUGAUGGUCAAGUCAACUAUGAAGAGUUUGUCCAGAUGAUGACGGCAAAGUAAAACUGGAAACCAAAAGGAGCACAACAGACCAAACAGUGGGCAGCACUCUCACUGUCAACCUUCAACAAGCAUUCACAACCAAUCUCUUACUCUGCAUUUAAAUUCACUCUCCUCCACUUUUCCUUAGUUUGCUUAACCCUCGACUCUGCUUGUUUUUUUUUUAAACAUUAUUGACUGCAUCUCCCCUCAUUUUAUUGACCUACAUUGUCUGGUUUUCUUUGAAAGAAAAUAUUUACAUGCACAACAAAUUUAAAUCUUGCAUAUAUAUUGGUGAUAACAACAGUGUAACACAUGUAUCAACAUUUUAAAGAUUGUGUGACAUACUAUAUGGACAAGAGCAAUGCAUGCUUUGUUUUGCAUGUUUCUGUGUUUUUUAUUUUGUUCUUUUCCAGCUUGCCUAAUUUUUUCUAACUUGCUAGUUCUCCUUUAACUGCAUGUUUCUCAUGCAACCUGCUCAGUGAUCUUAGAACUGUAUGGUGAAUAACCAUUAAUGGAUAAUCAGGGGCUAUAUGUAACACAAUGGCUCAAACUUCCAUGUCAUAGUGUGAAUGUGUUGUAAGUGUAGAUCUGUGUGUCUGAAUGAGUGCUUGUAGUAGGAUGUAAGUGGAGCUGGGCAGUUCAGUUUACGUUUUGGUAAAUAGGGCUUGUUCUUUAUGGACCGCAUAACUAAUAUGUAAGAGAAAAAAGUCAAUUAUACAAAGCUGCGUAGAAUAAUCCAGAUAUGGUUAGUUGGGGACCAAUUAUUUCAGUUAAUCGGUUUACUUGUUUUGCCCCUUUUGUAUUAGUAGAAUGAUAGUGGUGGAAAGGCUUUGAUCUGUCUUUCAGCUUACAUUUUCCUCACAAGUUUCACAAGCCCAAAGCAAACACCACCUAUUUGUUCUAGACUGGUAUAGAGAGGUUUAAUGUUUGGUUUGAGUUAUGUCUGUGUGGAGUUUGUACUGAAGAUGUAGAAUAGUUUUCACCAUAAAAUAUGGUCUUACAUUUUGAUGCUGCACUUGAUGUCCUAUCCCAUAAGUAGACCAUUUCUGUCUUGAGAAAAAAAAUCUUAAAUUUAAAUUGUGUGCUGAUUCUUCCUGCAGGAUGUUUGAUAUAUUUGUACACAUCAAAGCACCUGCAUUUUAUUAUCCUAUAGACUAAUUUCUCAUAAAAACAAUGGCACAUUCUCCUGUUCCAUGGUACUAGAGUUGUUACGACGCACAGUGUUGGCUCUCGGGAUGAUGCACAGUGCUUGUCAUCCAGUUAGAAUGUGUUUGCCAUGAAACCUGCAAAUAUGCCGCUUUAACAUUAUUUAAAAUAAAUAAAUAAAUGCAUAGACCAAGGUUAAACAAGCAGCACUUAAUGGCAGAAUCACAUACAUGGCAUUGCUGGUAGUAUUGCAUCGUCUGCCUCAGUUCUUCAUUUAUUUUUUGUGACCUUUGUUUUUUUUUUCUUGUUUUUUUUUUUCUCUGAGAUCUGAGUUUACUGUCUGGUUCUCUUUUUUUCCCCACUUCAUUCUUUUGCCCACAAGGUUAUAUAGGAAAAAAUGAAAGGUUAUGCAUUCCAUUGCAGGACUCUGUUGGUUUUCUUGCUAAAUAAACAUCUUGGACCUUUGUUUCUAAA